UUCUAAUUGCCUUCUGAAGUAUAAAACAGAUGAAAUUGUCAAAAGCUUGCUAUAGUGACCUGCUGUUUCUGGUGAGCUAUCAUGUAUAAAAUAAGCGCUUUAGUUAUUUUGUGCGUUUCGAUACCUACAAUACUGUGCAUGAGCGACGAAAUGCAAGAGUUACUCGACAUGUUGCACAAUACCUGUAGGGAGCAGUCAGGAGCGGCAGAAGAUGUAAUCCGUGCGGUUUCCAAAGGAGUAUUUGCAGAUGACCAAAAUUUAAAAUGUUACGCUAAGUGUAUAAUGACUGAAAUGUCAACUAUUAGCGACGAUGGAGUUGUUGAUGUGGAGGCUACUGUUGCCUUACUUCCGGAAGACGUUCGCUCAAAAUUUGAACCGACCGUAAGGAAAUGCGGUAGUCCAGCUGGUGCCGACGCUUGUGAUACUGCACUCAAAGCUUUCAAAUGUUACUAUGAAAACGAUCCUGCGGACUUCUUCUUCCCUUAAGCACUGGUUCCACGAUGGAUGAUAUUGACAUUGAAAAUCUUAAUUACCUACAAACACCUAAGUAGUUAAUUAUUACUGUAAAUAGUUGUUUGAAGACAUUUUCUUAAGUUAAAUAUAAUGAUAAAUGAAAA